AUGCGAGCGCUGCAGCCUCCGCUUCCGGGGCCUGGGCCUGGGCCCCCCGGUACCCCCGGUACCCCCGGUACCGGCCUGCUGGUGCCGCUGGGCCCCGAGCUGCAGGCCUGCCCGCGGGAGCUGCUGCGGCAGCGGCGAGGCCACGACGGCCAGCCGCAGUACCUGGUCCGGUGGAGCCUCGUCCGCUCGGAGGAGCGAGCGGCGGGCGGCGGCUCCUCCGCGGGGCCCGAUGCCGGGAGCGUGUCGCUGUGGAUGUCCGCGGAGGAGGUGUGCGCCAGCUGCCCGGCGCUGCUGGGCGAGGGGAAGCCGGCGGGGCCGCGGGCCGAGGGGGAGAGGGCGGCCGGCCCGUUCCCCGCGGGCGGCGCGGCGCCGAACGAAGCCUCGCUGCGGGAGAUGGAGGCCGACGUCAGGAGCCUGGUGCGGCGAGCCGGCCGGCAGCUGGGCGGCACCGGGGCCCCCGAGGCCGCCUCCGUGCUCAACACCGUGCACGUGCUGAGCGCCUACGCCGGCAUCGGCUCGCUGGCGGGCGCCUUCAGGGAGACGGGAGCCCUCGACCUGCUGGCGAAGAUGCUGUGCCACAAGGAGAAGCAGAUCUGCCGCAGCGCCGGCAAGAUGCUGAGGGCCCUGGCUUCGCACGACGCAGGGAGCUGGGCUUAUGUCCUGCUGUCCCUGAGCCAGCAGGAUGGCGUCGAGCAGCACAUGGACUUUGACAGCCGCUACACCUUGCUGGAGCUGUUUGCUGAGACGACAUCGGCGGAAGAGCACUGCAUGUCCUUCGAGGGCAUCCACCUUCCACAGAUCCCCGGGAAGCAGCUGUUCACCCUGGUGAAGCGCUACCUGCGCGUCACUUCCCUCCUGGACGAGCUCGGCAGCGGCGAGGAGCAGGGCGGGGAGCAGCCGGAGAGCAGCCGCGUGAAGCAGGAGUUUGAGUUCAGCAUGGCGAUGGCCGGCCUCAUCGUGGAGCUGCUGCGUGCCAUGGGCUGGGAGCACAGCCACGAGCCAGAGCCGCCGGCCCGACAGGAGGCGAAGCCUCGCACCGCCCGCUCCAUCUUCCAGCAUGGGGCCACAUCCUGCACCGCUGCCCAGGCAGCCCCCGCUCCCCCACCGAAAGAGCCCAGCGCCUUCAAGACGCGCUCGGCCUUCCCGAGCCGCAGCAGCUACGUGGAGUACGUGCGGGCGCACCUGGUGCGCGGCAUGCGGGUGCGCUUGCUGGAGGACUACGAGCAGGUCAGCGCGGGGGACGAGGGCGAGUUUCGCCAGAGCAACGACGGCACGCCGCCCGUGCAGGUGUACUGGCAAGCCCUGGGCUGCACUUACUGGGUUCACUGGCACAUGGUGGAGAUAAUCGGCUCUUCGGGGCAGGAGGAGCAGGAGGGCCGGCAGAGGGGAACGACGCUGACAAACAGCCAAAAACUGGCAGCGGUCGCGCAGCCGUUCUUCUCCAAGCCCCUGGGGGGGCUGUACUCCCUGCCGUACCUGGGGGAGCAGCCGAGCAAGGCUGCGGAGACGCUGAGCCGUGCCGAGUGGUGGGAGCUGCUCUUCUUCGUGAAGCAGCUGGAAGCGCAGGAGCAGGAGGAGAUCGCCGGCCUCGUCCAGCGGGAGCAGGCAGAGCAGCUGCCGGGGCCGGACGAGGAGGCCCUGAUCCGGCUGCCGGUGCCCGUGGGGCUGGCCCGGAAGGUGCUGCGGGUCCUGGAGGAGCGGAGCCGGGGCAGCGCCCGGGGCCACCUGCGCGGCUCCCGCGUCUACGGCAAAUGCUGGCCGGGCAGGGGGGCCGAGCGGGACGGCGGGGGCAGCCCCGCGGCGUCCUCGGAGGGUGCCGGCUGCGGGAGCGCCGGCCCUGGAGCCGCGCCGGCCGAGGCAGCGAAGGACGAGGACGGCGUCUGCGCGGUGCUCGAGUCGGAUGCCCAGCUGUUCAGCGAGCUGCUGGAGAGGGAAGGGCUGCGCUUCCCGGCGGCGGCGGAGAGCAGAGCGUGCGGCAGCUGCGAGGGGGGCGAGCAGCAGGGGCUCGCUGGAGGAGGUGGCGCAGGUGGCGGAGGCGAUCCGGAGGCAGCGGCUGCGAGGCGGAGCUCGCGCGUGGCUGGGCUGCAGCACAUGGUGAGGGUCCUGCAGGAGGAGCCGGAGCCGGAGCGGCAGGAGGGCGGCGAGGCCCGGGGCGGGCCGGGGACCAGGGAGAAGCUGGUGAAGGCGGCGGUGGAGCUGCUGAGCGCCGAGGCGGCCGAGAAGCGCCUGGUGGUGCUGGCGCUGCGGCUGGUGGCCCUGCUGAUGGAGAGGCGCGACUGGCGCGUGCCCUUCGCCAUGGAGGGCGGCGUGCGGGCCGUGCUGGCCUGCAUGCGGCAGCACGCCGCCUCCGCCCUGGUGCAGCAGGCGGGCCUGGCGCUGAUGCGGGAGGUCUUCGCCAGCAUCGGCUCCGCCUGCGGCGAGGGCUCGCCGGGCCUGCUGAGCGCCAUCCCCGCCGCCGUGCGCGCCAUGCGGAGCGUCCCGGGGGGCUCCUCGGGCGUGCGGAACGGCUUGCUGGUGCUGAAGAUGCUGGUGGAACGGCCACCGGGGCCUGGCGGAGCGGCUGGCGCGGAGGCGCUGCUGGAGGCGAGGGAGCCCGCGGGCGGCCCGGGGGACGGCGCCUUGUCCGAGGACGUGGUGGUGGCCCUGGAGCGGCAGCUCUGCGGCGGGGGCCCCGUCCCCUCCGUGGGGCCGGAGGGGCUGCGAGGGGAUCUGGGGGCCCUGCGGGACGCGCCCCUGCGGGCUCGGCCCCGGCCUGGCAGGAGGAGCAGGGCGGCGGGGCUGCCCCUGGCGGGGCUGUCUGCGCGCCGUGUCCUGAGCGGGCCCCGUGCGUCGCUCAGGAUCCUGAACAAGUUCCUGGACGGUUACCGGGAGGACGCGCUGCCCUGGCACGAGUGCGUGGAGCCCUGCUUGUCCUCCCUGAGCACCCACGGCAGCGACCGGGAGGUGGUGCAGGAGGUCGUCGGCUUCCUGCACCGCCUGGCCGCCGCCAGCAAGGACUGCGCGGUGGCCAUGUGCCGCGCGGGCGCCCACGAGGCCCUGGCCAAAGCCCUGGAGAAACACAGACGCUGA